AUGUUCCGCGCCGUCCUUCCCCGAGCUGCGCCGCGGGCUGCGCUCCGCGCCAGCCCCAAGGCUGUGCCUUCGUCCUUCAUCGCUCCCCCCAUGCUCUUCAUUGGCAGCUCAAAACGCGGCUACGCCUCUGAAGCUGGUAAGUGUACAGCCAAAUCCCCCACAGGAACGGCCGGAGCCGUUGCCUGUGCUUCCCGGAGUGCCAUUGCUGAUUUCCGCCGUGUUGGGCAAACAGGAGACCACGACCUUGUUAUCAUCGGUGGUGGUGUCGCCGGUUACGUCGCUGCUAUUAAGGCCGGCCAGGAAGGUCUGAAGACUGCCUGUAUCGAGAAGCGCGGUACCCUCGGUGGUACUUGCCUGAACGUCGGCUGCAUUCCCUCAAAGUCCCUGCUCAACAACUCCCACCUGUACCACCAGAUCCUCCACGACACCAAGAAGCGCGGUAUCGAGGUUGGCGAUGUCAAGCUGAACCUGAACCAGAUGAUGAAGGCCAAGGACCAGUCCGUUGACGGCCUGACCAAGGGUGUUGAGUUCCUCCUGAAGAAGAACGGCGUUGACUACAUCAAGGGUGCCGGUUCCUUCGUUGACGCCAAUACCGUCAAGGUCGACCUGAUCGAUGGUGGUGAGCAGACCGUCCGCGGCAAGAACAUCCUGAUUGCCACCGGCUCCGAGUCCACUCCCUUCCCCGGCCUAAACAUCGACGAGAAGCGCAUCAUCACCAGCACCGGCGCUCUUGCGCUCACCGAGGUCCCCAAGAAGAUGGUUGUUAUUGGUGGUGGUAUCAUUGGUCUUGAGAUGGCCUCUGUUUGGUCCCGCCUCGGCGCUGAGGUUACCGUCGUUGAGUUCCUCGGCCAGAUCGGAGGUCCCGGUAUGGAUGCCGAGAUCGCCAAGCAGGCCCAGAAGAUCCUGGGCAAGCAGGGCAUCAAGUUCAAGACCGGCACCAAGGUCACCAAGGGUGACGACAGCGGUGCUACCGUCUCCCUGAGCGUCGAGUCCGCUAAGGGUGGCAAGGAGGAGACCCUGGACGCCGAUGUUGUCCUGGUCGCCAUUGGUCGUCGCCCCUACACCGAGGGUCUGAACAUUGAGAACGUCGGUAUCGACAAGGACGACCGCGGCCGCCUCGUUAUCGACCAGGAGUACCGUACCAAGCUGCCUCACAUCCGCGUUGUUGGUGACGUUACCUUCGGCCCCAUGCUGGCCCACAAGGCCGAGGAGGAGGCCGUUGCUGCCAUCGAGUACAUCAAGAAGGGCCACGGCCAUGUUAACUACGCCGCCAUUCCCUCCGUCAUGUACACCCACCCCGAGGUCGCCUGGGUUGGCCAGAACGAGGCUGAGGUCAAGGCCUCCGGUGUCAAGUACAACGUUGGUUCUUUCCCCUUCAGCGCCAACUCUCGUGCCAAGACCAACCUCGACACCGAGGGUCUCGUCAAGUUCAUCGCCGACGCUGAGACCGACCGCAUCCUGGGUGUCCACAUCAUCGGCCCCGGUGCCGGUGAAAUGAUCGCCGAGGCUACCCUCGCCGUCGAGUACGGCGCUUCCAGCGAGGACGUUGCCCGGACAUGCCACGCCCACCCUACUCUCUCUGAGGCCUUCAAGGAGGCUGCCAUGGCCACCUACUCCAAGCCCAUCCACUUCUAG